GGUCAGUGUGAUAGUCUUGUGGAAAGGAAAUUCCUUUGUCCCGAUCAAGUUUACUUGUGAAAGUGCCCCUGCUUGGUGGGUGUACGGCGAAAACUCACCGCCCUGACGACAAGGAAAUGUUUUCAUAUGGAGUUGCUGUCCGUACCAUGACAGGCGGGGAUCAAAUGACAGCGUGACGUCUCGCCUUUUGCAGCGAAGUUGCUCUAUUUAAAAUGGCCCGAGCACAGCGUCCCAGAGUUUAGCCCAGGGCAAAUCGUUAUUGGAUAUUCAACAUGAAUUGCUGGAUACAAAACAGUUACAGCCCACUCUUCAACGACGCCUUUGAAGUAAUCCAUCACCAUCAGGCUCAACACUUCCGCCAGGACCCAGGUCUCCAAUACCUGCCAAGUCCUCCACACUCAGCAUAUAACCUCCAACAGCAUCAGGAGAUGGGUUCUGGACCUUACCACCCUUUUGAUAUCCAACCCCAGCACCUCCAGGACAUGGCGGAUUUCAACAUGGACAGCAACAAGUUAACAUAUGAGAAUGGGAUCCAGGUUCCAAACUAUUACCCAGAGAGUCAUAUUCCAGACUUCUUCAUGCCAAGGCAAGGGAAAGGCAGGAAAAGGCUUCGCCUCUACGAGUUCUUGAGUGAAUCUCUGCGGGACGCCGAGAUGUCUGACUGCAUUCAGUGGGUGGACAAGAAAAGCGGCGUCUUCCAGUUCAUUUCCAAGAACAAGGAGAAGGUGGCAGAGAUGUGGGGCCGGAGGAAGGGCAAUCGCAAGACCAUGACCUAUCAGAAAAUGGCCCGCGCCCUCAGGAACUACAGCCGCACCGGGGAGAUCGUCAAAGUCCGCAGAAAGCUCACCUAUCGCUUCGAUGCGCAGGUGCUACAGAGGCUGGGAGGGGUGCCGAACUCCCCCUAUCCCCACACCGAUCACUCGCACUACAGCUGUGACCACUGGCACUUCAAUUACAGCUAUAACGAAUUGUUACAGGACAGCACCACGUGAGCUGGCCGCGCCUCUCCCGUGCUUAUAAACAGAAGAAUUCCAUAAAUUAACACAACAUUUAAAUAAAAAGACUAUGUUUCGAAUUUUAUAAUAUAUAUUAACCUAUUUUAAUGAGUGUGUACAAUUCUGUGUGUGCGUCUUUCUAUGUUUGUCUCUCUCUCUCUGUCUCAGACUGUAUAUAUGGAUGGUGCGCGCGCGUGUGUGUGUGUGUGUGUGUGUGUGACUUAAACUGAUUUUGAAAAAAAUUCUGUAUCUUCUGCCUGAAAUCUUGACUGUUUCUAUCUCCACAGAUGCAGCC